CAGGUGCUGGAGGUAGAAUUCAACACAGGACAGCGCUUCACUUACCCUGCCGAGUACCUCCGGGUGGAGAGCCCCGCGGCCGGCAACCAAGACAGCAAAGAUGCACGGGGCCAGCUCAAGGUGGUGCAUGGGCGGCGCCAGGUGGGGAUCAUGGCUAUUGACCGGAUAGGCAGUUAUGCAGUCAGGCUGUCGUUUGACGACCUGCACAGCAGCGGCAUUUAUAGCUGGCAGUACCUGCACGACCUGGGCACCCAGAAGCUGAGCAGAAUGCGGCGGUACAUCCGAAUGCUGCGGGAGCGAGGGCUCAGCCGAGAC